UUCCCCCAGGGCUUACCCUUUGGAAGAUGGUGGGUUUGUUUUCACUUUCAUUUUAUGGCAAGUUGCAUGCACGAAGCUUACCAUCACUAAUUCUUCCGAUAAUUCAGUCUACUGGAAAAGGAUUCCACUGUUCUGCAGAGUCAAAUUCCAAAGUAUUGAUAACCGGAAGCCUUGGACAGCUUGGAACUGGAGUUGCUAGGGAGUUAAGGUCCAAAUAUGGAAGGGAGAAUGUUAUUAUGUCAGAUGUUGUUAAGGCUCCAAUAGAAGUUUUUGAAAGUGGUCCUUACACCUAUGCUGAUAUUCUUGACUACAAAAACUUACAAUCAAUUGUAGUAAACCACAGCAUAGACACCAUUGUACAUUUCAGUGCAUUGCUCAGUGCUAUUGGUGAGCACAAUGUAUCUGAAGCUUUGAAAAUUAAUGUGUAUGGUUUUCAUAAUGUGAUCGAACUUUGUCGCAGAUAUGGGCUAAAGUUGUUUUGUCCAAGUACUAUCGGUGCAUUUGGUAAGGACAGUCCACGAAAUCCAACUCCUGAUAUCACAAUACAAAGACCAAGAACAAUUUAUGGUGUUUCAAAGGUCCACAUGGAAUUAAUGGGAGAGUAUUAUCAUCAUCGUUUUGGAUUGGAUUUUCGAUCAGCAAGAUUUCCAGGGGUGAUUUCUGCUUUUACGCAACCAGGGGGUGGCACCACGGAUUAUGCUGUUAAUAUAUUCCACGAGGCGUUAAAAUCUGGUACGUUCGAAAUUGAUUUGAGUCAUGACACGCGACUACCUAUGAUGUAUCUUCCUGACGUCAUCAAGGCUACAGCUGAUCUUUUGGAUGCGGAGGAUGUGGACCUUCAAAUACGCACAUAUAAUAUUGCUGCUAUGAGUUUCACGCCUGACGAAAUAACAACAGAAAUUCGCAAGUAUUUGCCCAACUUACAGGUCACUUAUAACCCAGAUGCCAUGAGACAGAAAAUAGCUGAUGGUUGGCCACAAGUGCUAGAUGACACAAAUGCAAGAAAAGAUUGGAAUUGGAAUCCCGAUUAUGAUUUGGAAAAAACGUGUUAUGAUAUGUUAAAGCUCUUAGGACCGGCAUAUGGCAAAACAGUUGUUUAAUGAAGUUCUUAUUGUUCAAACUUUGCAAGUACUUAUUUUCGUCAGUUUGGAAAUUAGGUAUCACGCGCAAACAUUUUUAUAACUUACGACAUUUAUUACCCGCAAAGAAAUUUCUGUACUCAUUGUAUUACAUUUCAUGCAUUUAUUUAUUAUUUACAAAUCGGAUUUCUAAAAUCA